AUGUUCGCUCAGGUCUUCGUUUUGUGCCUGGCCGCCGUCGCCCAUGCCGGCGUUGCCCCAGGCCCAGCUGUUGUCGCAGCUCCUGCUGUCCACGCUGCCCCUGUCGCCGCGUAUGGCGCGCACCACCUGGCGGCUCCAGUUGCCGCAUAUGGCGCUCACCACUUUGCUGCUCCAGCUGCCGUGUAUGGCGCUCAUCACUUUGCUGCUCCAGCUGCCGUCUAUGGCGCUCACCAGUUUGCUGCCCCAGCAGUCGCUAAGGUUGCUGCUGCUCCCGCUGUCGUUGCUGCUCCAGCUGUAGCCAAGGUGGCUGCUGCUCCAGCCCUCGUUGCUGCACCCGCUGUGGCUAAGGUCGCCGCUGUUCCAGCUCUUGCCAAGGCUGUGGUUGCCGAGCCAGUCUACGCACCACACCCAUACAGUUUCGGCUACGACACCGUUGACGAGCACGGCUCUCGUUCCUUCCACCACGAGAGCAGUGAUGCUAACAACUUCCGCAAGGGAUCUUACGGUUACACCGAUGCCUACGGCGUCUUCCGUGUCGUGGACUACGUCGCUGACGCCCACGGUUACCGUGCCAAUGUCCGCACCAACGAACCAGGCACUGCCGCUUCUGCACCAGCUGGUGCUCUUUUCGAUGCCAAGCCACUCGCUGUCAAGACAGUGAAGGCAGUUGCUGCUACCCCUGUCGUCGCUAAGGCCGUCGCUCCAGUCGCUGUCGCUGCUCCAGCUGUUGCCAAGGUUGCCGCUGCUCCAGUUGCUGUGGCUGCCCCAGCCGUUGCCAAGGUUGCCGCUGCUCCAGUCGUCCAUGCUGCUCCAGCAUUCGCUGCUCCCGCCCUCCACGCUGCUCCAGCUUUCGCUGCUCAUUCCGCUUAUGCUGCCCCAGCUGUCCAAGUCGGUCAUGCAGCCUAUGGCGCUCCAGCCGUUGCUCACUACGGCGCUGCCCCAGCUGUCCACGUCGGUCCUGCUGCCUACGCUGCACCAGCUGUCGCUCACUACGGUGCUGCCCCAGUCGGAUACGCCCACGGAUAUGCUGGUCAUCAUGCCGGUGUUGUUGCAAAGGCUUACUAG